AUGAAAAACAAAAAGACUCAGUUGCCCCCCACCCCAAUCGAAUUAUAUCAUAAGUUGCAUUUUCAUGCUACAAAGGAAUGGCUAAAUGAUGAGACACGCAUUCAAUAUGAAAAUAUUCUCCAAAUGAAAGAGGAUGAAUCAGCGGAAACAUGUCAAUCAGCCUCAACGGAUGAAAUGGCUUUAAAAAAUAAAGUUACUGCACUCGAGGAAGAGGUUCAAGAAAACAAAGAAAAAGUGAAACAAAGUGAGGAGAAAUGUAAAAAGAUGCUUCAAUUUAUGAUCUCGAAGUUCCCAGAUUCUCAAAAAAUAUUAUGCCCACCUGAUAAACAAGGAUUUCAUGCAUAUGAUGACAUGACAAAUAUAUUAGAUGAAGAGUAA